AUGCUCGGCGAUUUCCUCAAACUGAUGGGAAAACGCGUACCCGAGGCUUCAAAUGCUUCUUCACCUCACGUGCACAUUACAUCGGAUGUGCAGAUCAUGGAGCUAGAAAGCGAAUGCUCGCCAGACAUUUUCAUCUCCCGGCUAGAAGCCUGUUUCGAACAUUUCCAAAUACAAUGGCAGGAGUCUCUGCAAGGUAGUGAGCUUUCAAGGUUCGGGUUUGGGGAUCACCCUGAUUAUUCAUGGACGCUCAAACACGCCGAUGCCGCCAGCUGUGGCUGGAUUCACACAUAUCCAGAGGAUGCGACACGAGUACCCGACGAUGGAGACCACUCUCGGAUACGCAUCGCCCCCGGACUGGGCUUCAUGGAAGACGAGAGCGUAGCGGAUCCCAGUAACUUUGACGAGACUGAGCAAGAGGCGCGCAUGUACGAGGCUGGCGAGUACGUACCACUCUUCGUGCAGGCCAGGAAGAUACUAGACUACACAUUUACCACACAUAUGGUGGAUCAGAUGAAUGAAGCGCCGCGAGCACAUUUGGCCUCCUUCAAGCGACGGAUGCAGGGUGUCUGGUCAGUACCAUUACUACGUACCGUGCUCCUCCUCGCUGCCAUGGUCAAUUGUCGCAUUCCGUUAUCUGCCGCUGCGUGGGUCAACAAGCUCUUCGUCCCCAUCUACAUCCACCACAGCGAAGAUCUUCUUUCCGUCGGUCUCUUGGCUAAGCACGCACGUCAGCCUAAACAUCAAAGACAAGACCCUCUUUACUUACUUUGUGUCGGCCAACACCUCCCAUCCGCCGAGAUGGUAGUUGAGAAACAACAUAACUUCAUGGGUCCCGCGUCGAACGUGUCUAGUAAUCCGUUUCACAAACCGCGCCCUAUCGAUUCGGAAGCCGCUGAGAAGCUCGAGGCGCAGAAGGCCGACUACGAGGCCAGGAUCGCCGACAUGAGCAAAGUGUACCAGGCCAACUUCGAGAACACCAUCAAGGACUACGAGGCCAAGCUCAGCGAAAAGGAAAAACUCCAAGAGAUCGAGAUCGAACACGUGAGGGACUUCAUCAACCAUGAUGUCGUUGAGAUCAAGAAGAAAUCCGAGACCAAGCUCCACGACCUCGCCGAGAACUACGAGGCCAAGAUUGCUCACCUGGAGAACGAAUCGAAGUCCAAGCUCGAGAAAACCAUCAAGCACUACGAGGUCUUGGUCAGGCAAGAGGAAAAACACGGCGAUUGGCUGCUCAAGGAGGUGAGGGAAGGCUACGAGACCACGAUCGCAGAGAUGAAGAAAGAACACGCGCUCGAGUCUGAAGCCGCAAAGAAGGACCACGAGUUCAACCUCGGCAGACUCAAUCAAGAUCACGCGAUUCCGGAACGUGCCUUCCAAGAGAAGACCUGGAGUCUUGCGGCGCUCCAAAAGACAGCGACCAAGGAAGCCGACUUCCUCAGCAAGUCCGCCCAGCCAGACGCGGAAGCGACAUGUGCGGACGUGCUCGCCGACAAGAAGGCGGACACCAACGACAAGAAGCCCGAGAUUGAUGCGCUCAAAGGCACCAUCGACGCCCUCAAAGACACCGUCGGUAUACAAAUGGUGGCUGCAGAAGAUCUCCGCGAGACCGUCAAGGACCUUCGAGAGCGCAAUGCAAAGCUCGAAGCAGAGCUUCAGAAGAAGUAG